AUAAAGACAUUUUAGUAGUAGUCGUUUUCCGAAACGUCACCCAUUUCAUAUUUCAAAUUUGACGCCAUGUUGUAGUCAAUCAAAAUUCUUGUAUUUUCUUUUCUCAAAUGAUAACAGAAUCGACAUCACUCGCAUCUGACAAUGAUUCGGUGGCUAGCCAGCGAUCGUUGCGGAUGCGGGGACUCCCCGACAUUUUCGCGCCAACGAACGCCGUGACGCGGCCUCUCUUGGCCAAGAAAGGCCCAAACUGUGACGAAAUGUGCAUUCACAUUGACGGGAAGGACUACAUUUGUCGGAUCUGUCAUGGCGGUUACAGUUCCGGGGAUUUACUCACGCCGUGUAAAUGCAAAGGAUCGAUAGCUUUAGCCCACUUGAACUGUCUUGAAAUUUGGUUGAACGAAUCAAACCGGAACGAGUGCGAGCUCUGCCAGUAUCACUUCAGAAUAGUGAGAGAGCCGAAAUAUGGGGUUCUCCGGUCAAUUUUUGUUUUUUUGAGACACCCUGGUGAUCACUUCAGGGAAUUAAUAGUCGAUGUUUUCACUUUGGCUGUUUAUACACCCUCGACGGUGACUUCCACCUACAUGUUGAUGUUACUGUGCGAAUCAAUGGCCAAGGCAAGUCCAAAAUUUCGCAAAACUAUACUUUCACACGUCAUGGCAUUUAUUUCGAUUUUUGGUAUUGCGGCAAUUAACUUCACUUACACGUCUUGGUUAGUGCUAACAAUAGAAAAAUACGUGGAUUAUUGGCGAGAUUGGUACAAACACAACUGCAGCCUCCGAGUAAUCCUUUCAGCUAAUAAACUGAACGCGAACCCCGCACUUUUGAAUAACACCGCCACAAGCUAGGGAUAUUUGAAUUUCUCUCUGAACUUGACAGUGGUUUGACGUUUCAAUUUUUAUAACAACAAAAAUGUGUAAUGCAGUUUUUAAAAUAAACUGAAUUAAUUUUGCGAUUAUUAUGUGAUUUUGGGUUUAGUUACAAUGAGUAACCCCAAACCGUCGUCCCGUGUAGCCCACAAUCCCACUUUUAAGCACAGUUUAAACGAAAUCCUGCGAAUGCGAGAACUGGGGCUAAAAUCCUACAUUGGCUGUGACGACGAUAUUUAUGCCAAACUGUACAAUAAAGUCGACUCCUAUUCUCUGGAGGGCAAACACAAUCCUGGAAACAAAGGCGGAGGAAUCUUUAAUUUGGAAUUUAGCCUUGACGGAAAACUACUAGUAGCAGCAUGCGAACACAGCUGUGUCCUGAUCUACGAUGCCUCGACUCAAAAAUUGCUAAAAACGAUGGAAAAGGCCCACGAUAAUUGCGUAAACUGUGUCAGAUUUCUGGACGACAGGCAAUUCGCAACGUGUUCGGACGACAACACGAUAAAAUUAUGGGACACUCGGAAUUUGAAAAGUGAGACGAAAACGCUACAUGGACACUCAAAUUGGGUCAAGAAUAUCGAAUUUUCGGAACGUGAUAACGUAAUGGUGACGUCAGCUUUCGACGGAAGUAUUUACGCCUGGGAUUUGAAAAGUCCGACUGAGAACAGCAUGUUGUACGAUAAAGUCUUCCUAAUGAAUGGCCUUAUGAGGACGAAGUUGUCCCCAGAUGGCUCAAAAAUGGUCAUAUCGACGACUAGCGGCUACAUGAUUAUUGUGCAUGACCUCAAUUUGGCCACACUAGCGAACGAUUUCAGGUCAUUUAAGCCGGUUUUAUAUCGUCUGAUGCAGAUGAGCGGGCAAAGUUUUCCUGCGGGGACUAUUUUUAAUUAUUUAUUUCUUCCAUCAAGGCGGAGAAAUCGAGUCGAGUUCAUUGAUGAUUUCACAAUUGAUGCGGAAGUGAUAAGUUCAUUGCAAAUUCAUCCUCAUGGUUGGAACGCCGUUUCAAGGAGUUUGAGUGGAAACGAAAGUGAGGAGGCCACUUGUGUUCAUGACAUCCAAAAACGGGAGGUUUUUAUGUUCCAAUACGAAAGCUGCGACAAUUACGACGUGAACGAAGGUGAGGCGUCCCAGAAUUCCGAUUCUGAUGAAGGUACCACAAAUCCGCGACCGACAGAUCUGUGGAUGGGUUACAUCUCGAAUUAUCAGUAUACCAGUGAUAGGCAGGCGCAGCCAAACAUGUUUGAAAAUCUCCAACUGCCAUCGAUGGGAAUUAUUAAUAGUGGACUGAUUGGUAGGAAUAGCUACAGCGAUUACUUCCAACAGCAUCCGGAAGAACGCAACAAAGUUAUAGUGAAUUUGCCUCGUUUGACUCAUUUUAUCAAAGAAGAGAACGUCGGGAGGGGCUACAUCAAGGAGCUGUGCUACUCACCCGAUGGCCGAGUGAUCUGUUCGCCCUACAAUAAAGGAAUUAGACUGUUAGGUUUUAGUGACAAAUACGAAGAACUCUCUUAUUGUGUGCCUGAAAAACCCAGACAAUUGACAACGCUGCUGGAACUGAACGAUUAUCACAGCCAAAUUGUUGUGUCGUGCAAGUUUAAUCCUAGGAAUUUUAUGUUGGUUAGCGGUUGCCUCAAUGGGGAGAUUGUGUGGUAUAAACCGGUCUUGUAAAUUUAUUUAAAUCAAUUUUUCACCAA